AUGGCCGACGAUAAGAAGAGCGACGACUACGGCAUGAGCUCAGCAAAGGGCUCCCGUGCGCCGUCACCGGUGAGCCGGUCCUCGAAGAGCAGCAGCGGCUCCAUCACAGAAAACCCCGUCAUUGCCAUCCUCUCUUACUGCGGCUCCUCGAUCCUUAUGACGGUGACGAAUAAAUAUGUCUUGUCUGGACGCGACUUCAACCUCAACUUCUUCCUGCUCUGCGUACAGUCGGUUGUCUGUGUUGUCGCUAUCUCCGUGUGCAAGGCGUCUGGAGUCAUCACAUACCGCGACUUCAACUCGGACGAGGCAAAGAAGUGGUUCCCCAUUUCUCUCCUCCUCAUCGGCAUGAUCUACACAAGUACCUGGGCGCUUAAGUUCCUCUCGAUUCCCGUCUACACUAUCUUCAAGAACCUGACCAUCAUCCUGAUCGCCUAUGGUGAGGUGCUCUGGUUUGGUGGCUCCGUUACACCCAUGGCUCUGUUCUCUUUCGGGUUGAUGGUUUUCAGCUCCCUCAUUGCAGCUUGGGCCGACAUUCAGCAUGCGCUCACCAGCGUGGGUCAUGCGACAGAGGCGGCGACAGAUGCUGUCUCUACUCUGCACGCCGGCUACCUGUGGAUGAUGUUCAACUGCAUCUGCAGUGCCACAUUCGUCCUUGCCAUGAGGAAGCGCAUCAAGCUCACCAACUUCAAGGACUUCGACACUAUGUACUACAACAACCUCCUCACCAUCCCCAUCCUCCUGGUCGCCUCCAUCGUCGUCGAAGACUGGUCCCCCGCGAACAUUCAGAAGAACUUCCCCGCGGAUCAGCGCAACGCAGUCAUCUUCAUGAUGGUCCUGUCCGGUCUCUCCUCCGUCUUCAUCUCGUACACUUCCGCCUGGGCCGUCCGUGUCACAACCUCCACAACCUACUCGAUGGUCGGCGCUCUAAACAAGCUGCCUAUCGCGCUCAGCGGAUUGAUCUUCUUCGAUGCGCCCGUCACAUUCGGUAGUGUUUCCGCCAUCUUCUUCGGUUUCGUCAGCGGUAUUGUCUACGCUCUCGCCAAGGUGCGCCAGAACGCCGCGGCCAAGGCCAAGUCCGUACUCCCCGUUUCCAACGUGCCCGUCAGCUCCAGCAGCCAGAGCAUGCGCGACAGCCUCAAGGCAUGA